UCACGAAACAUAAUGCGGUAGCAAUGUUUGCUACUGUAUCGUCACUGUAUCUAUUGCCGAACUCCCGUCGCCCACCCAAGUGUGUAUCCAGGACAGGAAACCUCCUACACACUCGAAUCCGGUUAUCCUAUGCUCCUUAAUUGGCUAUACUUGCCUUUAGGAUCCUACAAUUGACCAAGCAGCUUUAGUGGCAAUUAGCAGGACUUGUCGCGCAUUCGCACGCGACAAUGCUAGACCGCGCACUCCUACGGUUGGAGUCUGCGGCAUCGACGUCGCCGCGCUGCCAGGCGAUGCAUGGUACACUGAUAAGGCCUCGCCGGCAACUAUGGGCGUUCAGGGCUGUGCAACUUUUAAACCAACUGCCUCGCGGAUCGGUUCGGCAACGCCGAAGCCGUGUCAUGUGCUUUACCCACCGCCCAGACGGCAGCAGCGCACGCAGCAAAUCGCGUCUGAAAGGAUCCCCCGCGGACAAGUCGCCCCCGCCCGUGGACAGCCUCGCCUCAGCGACCUCCAGCUUCGACGCUGACGCGCUACUUGCAGAAGAGCACCUGGUUGCGGCUGUGCAGCCCCUGAUUGACGGCCUGUCUGGAUGGCGAAAGCGAUGGACCGUGGUGGGCAUGUGCUUCGUGGCCUUCGUGCUGUGCAAUUUAGACAGGGUCAACAUGUCCAUCGCCAUCCUGCCCAUGGCUCAGCAGUACGGCUGGGGGGCGGCAACCAUGGGGCUGGUGCAGUCGUCCUUCUUUUGGGGCUACCUGUUGACCCAGGUGGCGGGCGGGGUGCUGGCGGACAAGCUGGGCGGCAAGUCGGUGCUGGGGCUGGGGGUGCUGUGGUGGUCGCUGGCCACCGCCGCCACCCCCGCCGCGGCCGCCUGCGGGCUGCCCACGCUGCUGGCGGCCCGCGCGCUGAUGGGGGUGGGCGAGGGGGUGGCCAUGCCCGCCAUGAACGCGCUGCUGGCCAAGUGGGUGCCGACGGGGGAGCGCGGGCGCAGCCUGGCACUGGUGUACAGCGGCAUGUUUACAGGUUCCGUGCUGGGCCUGGCCGCCAGCCCGCACAUUCUGUCCUCCUUUGGCUGGCCCUCCGUCUUCUACAGCUUUGGUAGCCUGGGCGUCAUAUGGUACCUCAUAUGGCAGCAGCAGGUGGCCAGCAGCCCAGCGGAGGACCCACGGGUCACUCCCGAGGAGCGCGCCUUCAUCACCUCAAACCUGCCGCCCAGCAGCCAGGAGCGGGCGGGGCCCAUACCCUGGGGCGCUCUUCUUAGCAGGCGGGAGGUCUGGGCGAUCAUCCUUUGCCACUUCUGCCACAACUGGGGCCUGUUCAUCCUGCUCACAUGGAUGCCGGCGUACUACAGCCAGGUCCUGGGUCUGAACCUGCUGCAGAGCGGGCUGGUUUCGGUGCUGCCCUGGCUGGCCAUGGCGCUCAUGGCGAACGUGGCGGGGGCGCUGGCGGACGGCAUGGUGGCGCGGGGGGUGGGGGUGACUACUGUGCGGAAGGUCAUGCAAUCAAUCGGCUUCCUGGGCCCUGCGCUGUUCCUCUCCCAGCUGGGCUCUGUGGGGUCGGCAGCGGGGGCGGUGGCCUGCAUGGUGGGGGCGCAGGGGCUGGACGCCUUCAGCCAGGCGGGGCUGUACGCUAACCACCAGGACAUCGGGCCCAGAUACGCAGGCGUGCUUUUGGGCCUGUCCAACACCGCAGGGGUGCUUGCAGGCGUGGUAGGCAGCCUGGUUACUGGGCAUUUGCUGCAGGCGGCAGGCGGCUGCGCCUCUGGGGCAACAGCAGCAGCAGGGGCGGCUGCGGCAGAGGGGGCAGUAGGCGCUGCGGCGGUAGGGGCAGGGCUGGGGGCCGGAUGGGGCCAGGUGUGGGGGGUAGCUGUUGCGCUAUACCUGGUGGGGACGUUAAUUUGGUUGACCAUGUCGACUGGGGAGCGUAUCUUCGACUAGGUUGAUUGAAAGCGGUUUGAAGGAGUCGAGUGUGUGUGCAUGCGAGUGUGAGUUGCAUAAAUGCUUGCAACCGUCACGCGGGGGUGCGUGUAUGCACAGAGCAUUGAGCGCAGGGAGGUUGCAUGGUAGUUGUGCAGGGAGGGGCGAGGGUAUGAAUGAGUGCAUGUAGAUAGGGUGGUGCAUGAGGGAGGACGCAUGCGAGGGCGAUGGUAGGGAAAUAGAUCUGGUGCGGGUAGAGGUAGGGGAUCAGAAAAAAAGCCAAACAACGAGGAGUGCAAGAUAAGGGGUGACGAGUGCGUGGAGGAGUCCAGCGGGCUACUGUCUCAGCUGAGGUGUGCUGUGGCUGGGCACGUAUUUAGGCCUGCUGAUGCGGCAUUACGGGCCCCUUUUCCGGGCUUGCAAAAGCAAGAGGCCGGGGUGCCGCCGUUCAGUGCAAUAGAUUGAGCGUUCGAGACUUAGCCAGCUUGCCCUCUCUGACAGGGCUGGCCGCCAGCAGCACAUACACGCUGGUGGGCAGAUGUGUAUCUCGCCUCCUUGCUUUGUCCCUCUCUCAUAUUCCAGCUUUCUUAGGUCACUCCACAGUCCUUCCUCCGUCCUGCGCACCCCGCCCUUUUGCAACCACAACCGCUCGUCCACCCUCUCUGCUGCAUGGAUUCACACUGGCGUACCUUGUGUGACACACUGUGCGUGUGCGGUGUCAAUCGGUGUCACCCCUUCCGUACACUGCUGGCUGUGCCCCAAGGAGAGCAGGUCUCCAACACAUGAUGUGCUGGCCGGCAAGCGCACAGGCCAUACCUGAUGUGCGGCUAUGUAUGUAACCAAUCCGAUGGCACA